UUGGCUCCGAGGAUCACGUGGGCCCCUAACUUUGUUCACUUGACAGUAAGUAGGAGGGCUUUCGGAAACAGGAAAACGAGUCAGGGGUCGGAAUAAAUUUUAGUAUAUUUUGUGGGCAAUUCCCAGAAAUUAAUGGCUAUGAGUUCUUUUUUGAUCAACUCAAACUAUGUCGACCCCAAGUUCCCUCCGUGCGAGGAAUAUUCACAGAGCGAUUACCUACCCAGCGACCACUCGCCUGGGUACUACGCCGGCGGCCAGAGGCGAGAGAGCAGCUUCCAGCCGGAGGCGGGCUUCGGGCGGCGUGCGGCGUGCACCGUGCAGCGCUACGCGGCCUGCCGAGACCCCGGGCCCCCGCCGCCUCCGCCACCGCCCCCGCCGCCCCCGCCACCGCCCGGGCUGUCCCCUCGGGCUCCCGUGCCACCACCCGCCGGGGCCCUCCUCCCGGAGCCAGGGCAGCGCUGCGACACGGUCAGCAGCAGCCCCCCGCCGCCUCCCUGCGCCCAGAACCCCCUGCACCCCAGUCCGUCCCACUCCGCGUGCAAAGAGCCCGUCGUCUACCCCUGGAUGCGCAAAGUUCACGUGAGCACGGUAAACCCCAAUUACGCCGGCGGGGAGCCCAAGCGCUCUCGGACCGCCUACACUCGCCAGCAGGUCUUGGAGUUGGAGAAGGAAUUUCACUACAACCGCUACCUGACGCGGCGCCGGAGGGUGGAGAUCGCCCACGCGCUUUGCCUGUCGGAGCGCCAGAUCAAGAUCUGGUUCCAGAACCGACGCAUGAAGUGGAAAAAAGACCACAAGUUGCCCAACACUAAGAUCCGCUCGGGUGGUACCGCUGGCUCAGCUGGAGGAACCCCUGGCCGGCCCAACGGAGGUCCCCCCGCGCUCUAGUACCCCCCCAAGCAGGAGCCGGAACCUGGGGGGCGGGGGGAACAGCGAGCACCGAGGGGGGAUGCGGGGUUCGGGAGGGUACUGGGGCCGAACCCUGAAAAACCUAUUACCCCCCCCCACUUUAUCUAUAAUGAAUAAACGCGGAGAAGGAGGGGUAGGGAAGCUUUAUUUAUAAAAAACGACCGUAGGAAGCCAGGCGAAGCCCUCCAGAAGCAAGAUUCAAGUCUCUUGCUUUCUUUCUUUAAAAAAAGAAAGAAAGAAAAAGAAAAGAAGGAAGAAAGAAAAAGACAAAUAGGAGGCGGCUGUAGGUCCUCGUUUUCGGCUUUGGUGAAGAUGGAUCCACGUUUCAUCUUUAAUCACUCCAGGCCUGGGCCCAUCUGUCUUGUUUACUCUGCCGAGGAGAGGACGAGCCUCGGUGGCGACCAUUACCUCGACACUCGGCUAACAAAUGAGGCCAGGCACUGCCGCCGCUGCCUCUGCUGCUGUGGACGACAGCCCGGAUUUUCUUUCUUUGUCCCUUACUCCUGAUACCCAGCGAAUGCACCCUCUGCCAGAUAGCACAGUGUUUUGGCUACGGUAACAAACACACACAUAACCCCCUCCUUGUCUGUGCCCGGGUUCUUGGGGGAAAAAAUGACUGCUCACCCACUUCCACCAUGGGACUCUAUAGAAGGGGAGGGAAAUAGGGGUUGGCCUUGACCAAGUGGGUUCUGGAAACUGAACCCAAGAAAUUAAAAAAGAAAGAGAGAGACUGGGACACCCAGGAGGGCCUUCCUCUAGAAGGCCCAGCCAAGCCUGGCAGGGUGAGGGGCAACUGAGUUCUGGGAGCUGGACACUAUCCUCUGACCAAUCCACAGUUCUUCAGAGGCCUUGUCUUAGACCAUAAAUGAAUGUGAAAUUAGGAAAUAAAAUGUUAUGGCCCACCUACUCUGGAAGGACACAGUGCAGAGCCUUCUCCCAUAGUUUAUCAUUGUUGCAUUGUUUAUUAUUAUUAUUAUUAAUUAUUAUUAUUAUUAUUUUAUGUCAUGUGUGUCCUUUCUCCUGCUCUCUUUCUGACAUUCCAAACCAGGCCCCUGCCUACCUCUGGGGGCUGUCUGAGUCUAGAACCUUUCAUUGGUGUGAAAAUUUGUGUCCUGUACAGAGUGACAACAGAAAUAAAUGUUUGGUUUCU